CCAACAGAGGGCGCUGGACUGCAGCGCAUGCAUAGCGCGCGCAUGCACCUUGCAGCAGUCUAGUCGUCAUGCACGCGUACCCAGUUCGACUCUGUGGGUUUGGCUAGAAUUUGUAGGCGUAAUAUCAUGAAAAUAGGCCUAUAUAGUAUCACCAUGACAUUUUUUGCAAGAGAGGACUGUGUUUACACAAACUGCUAUUGGUAUGUCAGAUCAUGGAGUGAAGAAAAUGUGUGGAAAUUAUGUGAGUAUGCACAAGAACACCACCAAGACCAGCUUGAACAUUUCUUGGCCGUGUUCAUCUCCAACUCUGCAAAAACUAUACCUAUUUGGCAUCAGAAAGCAGGAAAUGGCCCAGAUCAACCAGUUGUAUGGGACUACCAUGUGAUUUGUAUUCAUUGUCCAGAGGUCAGUGACCCCCAGGUCUAUGACCUUGACUCCUUGCUGCCCUUUCCAUGCCCCUUGGUUCAAUAUCUACAGUCUGCUAUACAGUCAGAUGCUUCGCUGAAAGUUCAGUACCAUAGGAAAUUCCGAGUUGUACCAGCCGAGUUGUUCUUGAAGACCUUUGCCUCAGAUCGAUCUCACAUGAGGACUGCAGAUGGCACAUGGAUGAAGCCACCACCGCCAUAUCACUGUAUUGCAACCACAGAAAGUACGAUGAACUUGGAUGAUUUCAUAUGCAUGGAUCCAUCUGUUGGUGUUGGUCAAGUUAUGGAUUUAGCAACGUUCACCAAGCAAUUCACAUGACAUCUUGCCACUGUUAAUACCUCAAGGUGGCGAGUUAAACUUGUACAGUGUGGUCAGUCUGUCAAACUAUGUAUGAAUCUAGUUUGCUGUCCACAUUCCACAGUGGAGUACUUGUGUAUGAAAUGUAAAUACUUAUAUGACUAUUUUAUAUACAAAUUCUUGUCAAGAAGACAAAUUAGUUUUAUAAGUUGUCAGGAAAACAAUUUUAACGCAACUCCGAGAAAAAAAUGCACUACAUGAUAAAAUAAACAUAUUUGCUAUUUUUCUGCCUACAAAAAUUUAUUGGUCAAUUUCUAAUCUGCGUAUUAACAAGUACAAGACCACAUAGUAAUUACACUGUCAUAAAACUCUCUACAUUACAGACAUGCAAAUUGAUAUCAGUAUUGUAUGUUUACAUUCUCCCUCAACCAAUUAUACUUUACCUCUAAAAUCAGUGAAACUGAGAAAUUAAUUCAUUCAACCUUACAACCUGUGGACAAUUUUGGAAACCAAUUCACCGUAUAAAAAGAUUACUUUGAAUCUGAUAAGUUUUUAUUAAAAAACAAUUGUAGUUAUUUGAUCAGUGAAUUUACCAAGUGCAUGCUACUAAAUGUAAUGUCUGUAACAUUUAUGUUUACAAUGUUGUAAUAAAUAUGAGUAAUAUGA